CAAAACAAUAAUAACUCAGAGAGAAAAAAUGAGGAGAGACAAGUGUUGAGGCGUGCCUGUUUGAUUUCUGAGAAAGUGUUUUUUUUUUUUGGUUACAUCUGAGAAAGUGUCUUUGAGAUAAGAGUAGAGUAGAACAUUAGCAUUUGGAAAAGGCAAAACAAGACAUGCAAGUCCUGAACCCACACACUGUCACAAAAACCAAAUAUGAUUCAUCAUCAUCAUCACCAGAAGCACAGUGGUUCCCUUGAUGCUUGACACCGAGAGCUCCCAUUCAAUCAUUUUAGGGGCACUCGUGGGCUUCAAAAAUAAGGAGAUAGAUUUUCAGGGAGCUCCUAGAUUUCCCAGUUCUUGGGAAGAAGAGUUGUGCCAAAGAAGAGGCCCUCUCUCUGUUGUGUGAGCUUGAGGGGUCUUCAUCUGAUUGCUGUAAAUUUGUGGUGAGAUAUGGCUGAACUUAGAGUUACAAAGGUAGAACAAGGCCAAACCAAGAUUAGGAGUGUCCCAAUUGCUGUAACCCCAGAAGGUUUUUGGUGUUGUCCUUCUCCUGUUGCGUUUCAAAAGACCCUUAAAGCUCAUAACUCUUUACACAAACCCAAGUCCUCAUCACCACCGCCACCUCCACCACCCAAGACAACAGCUCACAGAAAACAAACUAUUCUGAAUGAAAAGAAGCCAACUUUCGGGCCAUCUAGAUCAAUUUCUGAUGGUCAGAGGGCUCUUGGUCCGGAGGCACCAGACGCACCUGUCCUCGGUGCAUCUAUGGCUGCAGAGAGAGUUCCGAGGCCCAAAGUUGAGAACUUGCCGAGGAAGGUGGCAAUUGAGUUUGGUGAGCCGGGAACUAGUGAUAUGAAGGUGAUAUUACUUGGGAAGCAGGGAUUUUGUGUGAAGUUGAGCGUUCACAAGAAUGUUCUAGUGGAGAAUAGCAACUUUUUUGCUGAUAAGCUUGCUGAACAACAGUCUAAUUCGUCCUGCCUUGAAAUUGAAGAGUGCGAGGAUGUUGAAAUAUAUGUUGAAACUGUUGGGUUGAUGUAUUGCAAAGAAAUGAGGCAACGGCUGAUGAAGCAAAGCGUUUCCCGUGUACUCCGAAUUCUGAAGAUUGCAGAAGUGCUUGGCUUCAACUCGUGCAUGCAGUCAUGUUUAGAAUACUUGGAAGCAGUCCCGUGGGUUGGAGACGAAGAAGAAGAAAAGGUUGUCUCAUCGGUCUUGCGUCUCCAGAAUGAAGGUAUUGGGGUCAGUCCAGUACUAAAACGAGUAUCCUCUGACAUUUCUAAAGCACCGAAGGACACACUUUCUCACAUAAUUGGGCUUGUUCUUGGAAGCAAUGAGGAGAGAGGCAGGCGCGAAAUGAAAUCUGUAGUGCUCAAGCUCCUUAGGGAGAAUAACAGUGUCUCAAGCUCUUCCAAUCCAUCUGAUGUCUGCAAUCAAACACUUUACGACUCCUGCGGAAACUGUUCCAGUUUACUAUUGUCUCUGUUCAAGCAGGCAGCAGAACCAGAGUCUCCCGAGAAAUCUGUGGACAACAAAGACCCUCUGGUAAAGCAAAUAGCUUUGGCGUCUGAUAACCUUUCAUGGUUGCUUGAUAUCUUGGCUGACAGGCAAGCCGCAGAUGAAUUUGCAGUAAUGUGGGCUGGCCAGCAAGAAUUGGCAGCCUUGCAUAUGAAGCUACCUAUCGUGUCUCGCUACCAUGUUAGCAUUAUUACAGCUAGGCUGUUUGUUGGAAUUGGAAAAGGGGAGCUGCUGCCGUCAAAGGAUACGCGUCAACUAUUGCUACAAACAUGGUUACAGCCAUUGAUCAAUGACUACAAUUGGCUUCAACAUGGGUGUCGGUCAUUUGACCGAAAGGUUGUGGAAGAAGGGAUCGGUAGGACAAUUCUCACCCUGCCUCUAGAGGACCAGCAAAGUAUUAUGCUUUCCUGGUUAGGAAGUUUUCUCAAGUCUGGUGAUAGCUGCCCAAAUCUUCAGAAGGCCUUUGAAGUCUGGUGGAGGAGAACUUUUGUUAGACCAUAUGUCGAUGGACAACAAGGUAAUUCACUCCAGUCAGAUAGCCCAAUGACAUCCUAGUAGACCUACUAAGACUAAGCAAAUACCAUAAGAAUGUAUGUAAAUUUAGUGGGUGUUGAUUUCCACAAAGUAUGUGGGUUCACUUCAAAUUGAAAAUAGAGACUGGGAAUGUUUCUCAUUUUGUGAAGGCUAACAUGGCAGAUUUUUGUGAAAGGGGCAAAAGAGUGACCUGAUAGUGGCUGGACUUGUACUGAGAAAUUUGUAGAAUUGAAUGCUUAAUGUGAUGUAAGAUACUGCUUUUGUUGAUGAUGAAUGUGGAUUGAUUUGUUUAUGCAGAAAAGCUGGAAAAUAAAAUUUAACUGAACUUGUUUCCUUAA